AAUGAGAACUUUAUUGACAGCGGCGCGGAGGCGGGUGGCGGCUGCGGGGCCAUGUCGGUGAAUUACGCGGCCGGGCUGUCCCCCUACUCGGACAAGGGCAAGUGUUCUUUCCUUCAGAUCUUUGAUCCUCCGGAGGAGCUGGAGAGGAAAGUGCAUGAGCUAGCCGACCUGAUAAGGUGUUCUUCCAACGUGGUGUUUCACACGGGGGCUGGGAUCAGCACAGCCGCAGGGAUCCCCGACUUCAGGGGGCCCAAUGGCGUCUGGACCAUGGAGGAAAAGGGGUUGUCCCCCAAGUUUGACACCACCUUUGAGAAUGCCAAGCCCUCCAAGACCCACAUGGCGCUGCUGGAGCUGCAGAGAGCCGGCAUCCUGAAGUUCCUGGUCAGCCAGAAUGUGGACGGUCUGCACGUCCGCUCUGGAUUCCCACGGGACAAGCUGGCCGAGCUGCACGGGAACAUGUUUGUGGAGGAAUGUGUGAAAUGCGGCAAGCAGUACGUGCGGGACACCGUGGUGGGGAGCAUGGGCCUCAAGUCGACAGGCAGGCUGUGCAACGUCACUAAAGCGCGUGGUCUCCGUGCCUGUAGGGGCAAGCUCAUAGACACUAUUCUGGACUGGGAAGAUUCGCUACCUGACCGGGACCUCAGCCUGGCCGAUGAAGCCUGCAGGAAAGCGGACCUGUCGAUCACUCUGGGAACCUCUCUUCAGAUCAAACCCAGUGGCAAUCUCCCCCUGAUCACGAAAAAGAGAGGUGGGAAGCUGGUGAUUGUCAAUCUCCAAGCAACUAAACACGACAGACAAGCCGACCUGCGCAUCCAUGGUUAUGUGGAUGAAGUCAUGAUGAAGCUGAUGAAGCACCUGGGUCUGGAGAUCCCUGAGUGGAGAGGGCCAGUGGUGGUGGAGAGGGCAGAGCUGGUGAAGCCCGAAGAGCCCCUCAAGCCUGACCCUGAUGCUCUUUGUCCAGCCAAGGCUGAAUCCCCUUCCCACCACAACGGCAUCAUGGAGGGGGCCAGCGGGACCUGCCCUGGCCUGGGGCUCGUGCCCAAGUCUCGCUGUGACAGUGUGAAACAGGAAUGUCCCAGCCCUGUAGCAGCCAAGAGAAGAAAAGCAGAAUCACUGCUCACCUGACACAGACUCUCCUGACUUGUCCCAGCCUGUGCCACUUUUCCUACCAGCUUUUUUUUAUACACUUAAAAAUAUUGUCCCUUUUUAUAAGUAUUAAACCACCUUGAAAUGUG